UUGGAAGCAUCAGUCCAUUUGCCAUCGUACAAUGCAUCUCAGAGAACUGUUGAGCGUAUUCGGCAAAGGCGUGAAGUGUCGUGCCCAAACCCAGGCUCUGUUGCCGAUAUUAAUAUUCCUGUUGCACUACAAGUCACUUCAAGAAAUCUAAAUUUCUUGUUAUGGGAUUCUGGACAGAAUGAUCCUCAUCGCAUCUUCAUGUUUGGUACUAAAGAAAAUUUGGAAGUUUUAGAGGAGCACCGGCACUGGCACGUAGAUGGAACCUUUAAAGUAGCCCCACAAUUAUUUUUACAAGUAUUUACCAUUCAUGCAUUGGUAGAUAACCGUUCUAUUCCAUUGAUUUACGUGCUUCUACAGGAUAAACGAGAAGAAACAUAUGUUCGAGUGUUUCAAAAAUUGAUGGAGUUGAAACCCACUUUAAAUCCAAUAAGCUGCUUAUCCGACUUCGAGAAAGCGAUCCAAAAUGCAGUUUGCCAGGUAUUUCAUGGUGUUCAGGUGAUGGGUUGUUUAUUCCACUUAGGACAGUGUUUAUGGAGGAAAAUCCAAGAGCUACAUCUUGUAGAAGAAUAUCGCAAUGACGAAAAUGUGAGAAUGCAUUUGAAAAUGUUACUAGCGUUAUCUUUUGUCCAAGAGGGCGACGUAAUCACUGCUUUUGAGGAGCUAACCGAAAGCUGUCCACGAUAA